UCCGUUCUGAACAGGGUCGACCCAUGGCUAGAGAGGGAUAUUGGCACAAUGGAAUUUAUGUUCAGCAUGCGAUGUGAUUGGCUGGCCGGAUGGUUUACAGCGCAAUGGACCGUCCCUAAAAAAGGGAUUCCAACACGUAAAGCUACCCUAUAAAACAGGCCUAUAUAGGCCUACCAUCAUCAGAGGGGAAAUCAGACCUCCAUAUCCGAACUGAAACAGAAACUAUUUGAUUGUGUUGUGUGAUUACACAGGAAGAAGCCAUGGUUAGCAGAAUUGAACACCCAGCGGGCAGCUACAAAAAGAUCUUUGAGACUUGUGAAGAGUUGUCUGAGCCUAUUCCAGCGGUCAUCACAGGGAGAAUUCCUUCCUUCCUAAGAGGGAGUCUUCUGCGCUUGGGACCUGGACUCUUUGAGGUUGGAGAUGAGCCUUUCUAUCACCUGUUUGACGGCCAGGCACUCAUGCACAAAUUUGACUUCAAGAAUGGACAGGUCACCUACUUCAGAAAGUUUAUCAAAACGGAUGCUUAUGUACGAGCCAUCACAGAGAAGCGUGUGGUCAUCACUGAGUUUGGUACCUUUGCCUAUCCCGAUCCCUGUAAAAACAUCUUCUCCAGGUUUUUCUCUUACUUCAAGGGUGUUGAGGUGACAGAUAACUGCCUGGUGAACGUUUACCCGAUCGGCGAGGACUACUACGCUGUGACGGAAACCAACUUCAUCACCAAAGUCGACACGGACACUCUGGAGACGACCAAGAAGGUUGAUUUGUGCAACUAUGUCAACGUCAACGGCCUGACCGCCCACCCCCACAUUGAGAGAGAUGGAACCGUGUACAACAUUGGAAACUGCAUGGGGAAAGGAGCAACUCUGGCCUACAACAUCGUCAGGAUGCCCCCGGCACAGAAAGAUAAAUCGGAUCCCAUUGAGAAGUCCAAAGUAGUGGUUCAGUUCCCCAGCGCUGAGCGCUUCAAGCCUUCCUAUGUGCACAGCUUCGGCAUGUCCGAGAACUACUUUGUCUUUGUGGAGACCCCCGUGAAGAUCAACCUGCUGAAGUUCCUGAGUGCCUGGAGCAUCCGGGGGUCCAACUAUAUGGACUGCUUCGAGUCCAACGAGACCCUUGGGACCUGGUUCCACCUGGCCACUAAAGACCCCGGGGAGUACAUCGACCACAAGUUCAGGGCGGCCGCCAUCGGCCUCUUCCACCACAUCAACACCUACGAGGACGAUGGCUUUGUCGUGGUGGACGUGUGCGCGUGGAAAGGGUUUGAGUUUGUGUACAACUACCUCUGGCUGGCCAACCUGCGAGCCAACUGGGACGAGGUGAAGAAGGCAGCCAUGAUGGCGCCGCAGCCCGAAGUGCGCCGAUACGUCAUCCCCUUGGACAUCCACAAGGAGGAGCAGGGGAAGAACCUGGUCAGCCUGCCCUACACCACGGCCACCGCCGUCAUGCACUCCGACGGGACCAUCUGGUUGGAGCCCGAGGUGCUGUUCUCGGGGCCCCGCCAAGCCUUGGAGUUCCCCCAGAUCAACUACGAGAAGUACGCUGGAAAGAACUACACAUAUGCCUACGGCCUGGGUCUCAACCACUUCAUCCCUGACAGGAUCGUGAAGCUCAACGUGAAGACCAAGGAGACCUGGGUGUGGCAGGAGCCCGACUCCUACCCCUCAGAGCCCCUCUUCGUCCAGACCCCUGAUGGCAUCGAUGAGGACGACGGGGUGCUCCUGACCAUCGUGGUGGCCCCGGGCGCCCAGAGGCCUGGAUACAUGCUCAUCCUGAACGCCAGAGACCUGUCGGAGAUCGCCAGGGCCGAGGUGGAUUGCACCAUGCCCGUCACGUUCCACGGGAUGUACAAAGCCUAACUUGCCGAAAAAAAAAAAAUAUUACACCCAUCACUGUUUUGAGGAGGGAGAUUUGGUAAAUAAUUGAUUGCGUGCUUCCUCUUUUAUGUGGUCUUGAUUAAGGUUUGUUGUGGAUUGGAGUCAGGUCAGUUCUAAUGUUAUUGUUUGAUUCAAAUUUAAUUAAUUUUGUGAAAUUGCUUUGAUUUCUUUAGGACAUAAAUUCACAAGGCAUACCUGGUUUGUUGAGAAACGCUAAAUUAUAUUGUAAAGGUCAUGUUUGUGAUGAAAAUAAAUGGAUGUUUGCUGUUGGCUCACAA